AUGGCCAAGACGACGUCGACGACAAGCGGCGUUCGCCCAUGGAGGAAUGCGUACCUUCAUUUCGCCGACGGGAAGCGCGUCGAGAUCGUCCAGGCGCACCCGGCGUGGGGCAACGACGCCAUUUCGCGCGAGCUCGGGCGGCUCUGGAAGGCGCUUUUGCCAAGCGAGCGCGCAGUCUGGACCAACCUCGCCGCGUACGACCGAGCACGCUACACGGCCGAGGCCCAAGUCGCGGCGACGCCAUCGCUUUUGGACAUGGAUUUGCAAUCGUUCAUGCUGACGUCGUCGGCCAAUGGCUUGGACGACGCCUUCUCGGCCUUGGACGCGCAACCCACGUCGCCGGUCGUUGCGUCGCUGAAGCGAAAGCACCCGAAUGGUGCGUUCUUCUACUUUUGGCGGGCGCAGAAGGCCGCCGUGCAGGCCGCGCAUCCGACGCUCUUACCGCAGUCGCUUGGGAAGGAGAUGGGGCGGCGCUGGCGCGCGCUCACACGGGACGAGAAGCAGCCGUGGAUCGCGCUCGCCGCCGCCGAAGACGCUGCCGCCGAGUCGUCGCCGAAAGACUCGGCCGCGCCCAAGCCGCCCAAGCACGCCUUCCAGCUCUUUCUCGAGCAACGGCGGGCGGCGAAUGCGCAUCUCUCGUACAAUGCACUCACAAAGGAGUCGGCAGCGCUCUGGCGCGCCAUGUCGAGUGCGGAGAAGACCCACUUUACGCACUUGGCCGAGCUCGAGAAGGCGCGGUACGAAGCCGAGAUGCGCCGGUACACGCCCACUAGAAAAAGCGCCAAGAAGCGCGCGGCUGCGAUGCUCCCACGCACAGUAGUCAAAAAGGCCAGGCGCGAAAGAGCCAAGUACCCCAAGUCGGCGUUUGUGCACUACGAGCUCGAGAACCGCCGUCGGUACCAAGAUCGUCCGUACAACGAGUACAUGGUAGCGAUUGCGAAAGAGUGGCGUGAGCUGCCCGAGACGGCAAAGGCGACGUGGAGGGCGCUCGCCAACGACGAUGUGCGGCGAUACGAAGCGGAGCAGGCCGAGUCGGACGCCGGGGCGACGACCCCCGAGACCAUGUCGCUCAACGGAGCUUCGCCGCGCGAGACGUUGGCGGGCCCGCUGCCAACAGCAACAUCGGGCUUUGCUCUCUUUGUACACGCCAAGAAGCACGAGUUCUUGGCGACCGAGCCGCAUUUGACGCACAACGACCUCGUCCACAAGGCGAGCAAGCUCUGGCGGUCGCUCGCGCCCAACGAGAAAGAGCCGUGGCGCAAUCUCGUACAAGCGCCAGUGACAGCCGCCAAGAAGGUCGAGCUCACGAGCCUCGACCAGCUGAACCUCAUGGACGGCCUCUGGGACGACGAGGCACAUCCUGGCGACGACAGCAUGGACAUGUUGGACGACGCGACGCUUGCGGGUCUCGCCAAGAGUCUGUGA